AUGGUGUCUAGCUGGUCCUCAUCACGCAGCAUACAGCUGCUGCUGCUGCUUUUCACCUUUUGGUCUCUUACAUCAUCGGUGGUGGCAUCCACGCCAACCUCCUUCUGCAAAUGCACCUGUUUCUCUAAUAGUACGAUCAUCCCCCUCAAUCCCGCCAAGUCCGAAAGCGCCUCUGGCAUCGAUCAUGUCCGCUUUUUCGAGCGCGACCCUGUCAGCUCCGAGCCUGAGCAUACCGAUGAAUACAGCAAACGAGCACCCAAAUACCGGUCCCUGAAUUGUAACGAUUGCAAUCGCAAGUUCUGUCUCGACUACGAGCUACCGACCUGCAAAGGUGCUAAGGAGGAAGAUGUGUACACGACUUGCUUCCAGCGCGAUUCACGGAAAGAUGAAACGGUGGUGUUUAUUUUUAUUUUUGCUACAGGUGGACUACUGGCUUGGGCUGCCUGUAAGCCAUGGAUUGAGCGAUAUGUUGAGGCUGCACGAGAACGCCGGUCGUAUAUUCCUGUUGCAGAAUCUUGA